AUGCCUUCUUACGUCGUGGUCGGUGCUUCUCGUGGCCUGGGGUAUGGUUUCCUAAACGUGCUUUCUGCUGAAAAGGAAAACACCGUGAUAGGCCUGGUGCGCAACGUCCCCGGAACCAAGGCCCAGGUGGCCACGGACUUCCCGGACAGGAAGAACAUCCACAUUGUGCAGGCCGAUCUGAACGACAGGGCCACGCUGGUGGCCGCCGUGGAGCAAGUGUCUGCCAUCACUGGUGGCUCGGUCGACGUCCUCAUUUCGAACGCUGCUGUGGGCAGCAGCAGAUUCCUCCCCAUUGGCGAAGAAGCGAAUGAUGACCCGGCCGCCUUUGAUGCCAACAUGGAGACCCAGUUCCGCACCAACGUCCUCGGAACCAUCCAUGCCGUCGCCCUCUUUGCGCCGCUGGUCCAGAAGAGCCAGCUAAAGAAGAUUGCCGUGAUCUCGUCUGCCAUGGGCGACGUCGAGCUAGUGCUGAACGUCGGCAUCUCCCAGGGGGCUCCCUAUGCCAUAAGCAAGGCCGCCGUGAACAUGGCGGUGGCCAAGUUCCACAACGAGUACCGCGACCGCGGAGUCCUGGUUGUGGGCAUCUCUCCUGGCGUUGUCGCUACUACCUUCGCCCAGGACGGAACCGAACAGGGCAAGGCAGAUACGCAAAAGGCCAUGGCAGUGAUGGGAGCCAAGUUCAUGGUGUACGACCCCAACUGGCCCGGUAUUCCAUUCACCGCAGACGAGGCGGCCACGAACGUCAUCAAGGUCAUUACCAAGGCGACCAUCAAAGACAACGGUGGCCUGAUGGUCUCGCAAUACGGCGACAGAAACUGGUUGUAA